GCACUCUAAACCAUUUUAUUUGUUACACACAUUUAGAUCACUUAUAUGUAAUUUUAAAUAUGACCUGUUGAUAUUUUUUUCUGAGAACGUGACCUCUUUGUAAAACAGUCGUAUCGAAAUCCCAUUAAAUUUCACCAAAAAUGUCCAAGAAUACAGAAACACAUAAUAGCACUAAAACAGAUGUGGAUGAUGCAUUAACAUCAUACUUACAGAUGAAAUCGCCGUUGAUUGGCCCUUUGGAAUUCGAUGUAUCCUUACCACCACCUCCAACGGACCCAAAACUCUUGGAUUACGAAGCAAACAAGGGGAUUUUGAAAUAUGAACUCACAGGUUUGGAAUUAAGCGAAAGAAUAGCCACGUUUCAUGACUUCACGUCCGGUAUAUCAAAUAAUCUGCUAAAUGGACUCUGUUUCACGGGAUGUGGAGUUGAAGAUAAAGAACUAUUGGAUUCUAUAGAUAGAAAAUUAUUUCCAAGCGGUCUGAGUGAACACAAAAACUCUGCAGAAGCCCAUAAGAUAGCCUCUUUGCAAAGGGCAGUCAGAAACGGUUUAUCUGAUGUUUGCUCUUCCUUUGAUGAGCUAAAAAUGUCAUUCAUAGUUAACAAAGCUAAGGAAGGUCUACCAAUUAACCUCAAGAAUCUCUUAUCAUCGAAUUUAGAUACCACAGUUAUCACUCCAGACGUAUACAGGAGGACCGAUACAAACUUGGAAUCAGCCAUGGAUCAGAAGCCUGAGAAUUAUGAAAAUUGGAACGAUAUGGAUCUUGAUCAAAGGGUAUCUGCCUACAUAAACGAAAUCAAGAAGACCUUUGUUUCUCCUGAAUACUUCACUCAUCCUACUAACAAGCACGCCAAACCAGUUAGGGUAUAUAAAGUACUUCCGAACUUAAAAUUAUGGAACAACAAAUACAUACAAGUAGGAAUUGAUGGUCUUACAUCCAAAAAAGAUUCGUAUACCCAACUUGAAGUUGAUGGGAUACUAAAAGUUGCAAAAGACACACCCACUCAUCGCAUUUACGAAUAUUAUAGAAGACACCAUAAGGACUCCACGAAUAGUUCGCCCAAUCAUUCCAACCUUAAGGAGCUAGGUGAAGAUCCAAAUGAUGAUUCCCACCUCUUUGAAGAUUCCGAUCCGUUUAAAGAUGAGGUUCUUGAUUCACCAAAUCAUUCUGGACCAUACCAACCACAGGAAAACAUCGCAAACAACAAUGAUUCUGCACAGGAAAUUGAUGAUAUAGAUGACUUAUUUAAUGAUGAGCUGGAAGAGGCUAAUGAAGACAUUGCCAUGGCUAGUGUAUCGGAUGACAAGGCAACGGAGACCUUAGAUGAUACCGACACCAAGGAAGAGUCCAAUUUAUUUAGAUUUGUUCGCCAAUAUUCUUGUCAGAAAUCGACAAAAAUGGCUGAAAAUGGCAAUUAUUACUUGCUAAGCCUCCCUAGGAGCCUGCAUGAUAAAUUCAAGAGGAGGCUCGACCCUCAGGCUAAUCUCGACAGGAAUUGGAACGAAAAUCAGACCAUAGAAAUUUUACCCCUAAAGGGUCAAAAAUACGUUUUCAGCAAAGCUGGCGGUACAAAGAGACCAAACAUUAGCAUCUCUUACUCUAGUUGAGAUUUCUUGUGGUUUUUGUCUACAUAGAACAUCCGAACCAGAGGCU